AUGGCUGUGGUGCCCUCUGAUGGUGAAUGGGACCGAAUGGUGGCACCCAAGGUGGAGAGGACAUGGCAGUUUCAGGAAUGUUUCACAGCCAAUGGUGCAGAUUAUAGGGGAACGCAGAACUGGACAGCACUGCAAGGCGGGAAGCCAUGUCUGUUCUGGAACGAAACUUACCAGCAUCCGUACAACACUCUGAAAUACCCCAAUGGGGAGGGGGGCCUGGGCGAGCAUAACUAUUGCAGAAACCCAGAUGGAGAUGUGAGCCCCUGGUGCUACGUGGCAGAGCAUGAGGACGGCGUCUACUGGAAGUACUGCGAGAUACCUGCUUGCCAGAUGCCUGGAAACCUUGGCUGCUACAAGGAUCAUGGAAACCCACCUCCUCUCACUGGUGCCAGUAAAACAUCUAACAAACUUACCAUACAAACCUGUAUCAGUUUUUGUCGGAGUCAGAGGUUCAAGUUUGCCGGAAUGGAGUCAGGCUAUGCUUGCUUCUGUGGGAACGACCCUGAUUACUGGAAGUAUGGGGAAGCAGCCAGUACCGAGUGCAACAGUGUCUGCUUUGGGGAUCACACCCAGCCCUGUGGUGGCGAUGGCAGGAUCAUCCUCUUUGACACUCUGGUGGGCGCCUGUGGUGGGAACUACUCAGCCAUGACUGCAGUGGUCUAUUCCCCUGACUUUCCUGACACCUACGCCACGGGAAGGGUCUGCUACUGGACCAUCCGGGUGCCCGGAGCCUCCCACAUCCACUUCAGCUUCACCUUGUUUGACAUCAGGGACUCUGCUGAUAUGGUAGAGCUACUGGACGGCUACACCCACCACGUCCUGGUCCGUUUCAAUGGAAGGAACCGUCCACCUCUGUCCUUUAACAUCUCCCUGGAUUUUGUCAUUUUGUAUUUCUUCUCUGACCGCAUCAAUCAGGCCCAGGGAUUUGCUGUCUUAUACCAAGCCGUCAAAGAAGAGCCGCCACAGGAGAGGCCCACCACCAACCAGACGCUGGCCGAGGUGAUCACAGAGCAGGCCAACCUCAGCAUCAGUGCUGCCCGGUCCUCGAAAGUGCUCUAUGUCAUCACCACCAGCCCCAGCCAGCCACCCCAGACCGUCCCAGGAUGGACAGUAUACGGUCUGGCAACACUCCUCAUCCUCACAGUCACAGCCAUUGUGGCCAAGGUACUUCUGCACGUCACAUUCAAGUCCCAUCGUGUUCCUGCCUCAGGGGACCUUAGGGACUGUCAUCGACCAGGGACGUCAGGGGAGAUCUGGAGCAUCUUUUAUGAGCCUUCGACUUCCAUUUCCAUCUUUAAGAAGAAGCUCAAGGGUCAGAGUCAACAGGAUGACCGUAAUCCUCUCGUGAGUGACUAAAGGCUCCCGCUGCAUCUGCUGCACUUAGGACUGAGACUCAAGGUCCCAAGGCCCAGGACCUCCCUGCAUUCUCUCUUUGAGCUAAGAAUGGCGCUGUCAGGACAGUGGAGCUGAGAUGACAGCGAUGCUUGUGUCCGGCACUGGGCUCAGGUACAUUCUAGACGACUGUGGGUGGGGGGUAGGUAUAGUGUGUGCUGAGUCUUGCUUGCUUCUCCUCUGUUUUGUCCACACACAGAUCACUUUUUCCUGGUCCUUAUGGUUUGCAACAGGGCCAGAUGGAGAGAAUUCUGAGGUUCUGUUGAGGGUUGGCCUGGCUCUGUACUCCUGGGCAUUAGCACCCUCGAAGUAUAAAGAGGGCCUGUGCUCUGUGUGGACUCUGGGGCUUUGCCCUCUGGGCGCUAGAUGAGGACAGGCCUUCUUCUACCUGGGAGGGCCUGGGACUUGGGUCUUUCAACCCCCAUCGGAUCAAAUCAGACUCCUUCCACACAUGGUCUUCUUUCUAUAGCUUGGUGGCCAGCAGAACAAGCUUGAGGAGUGGUCAUAUAAAAGAUCCGUCCAUAUAUUCAUGCAGCAGACUUUACUGAAAGAUUUUAUAGGUGCUCAGUAACUCCUUGUUAGAUUGGAUUUGUCUGGCCUUGCUCCCAGGUAGCUCCUGAUCCUGUGGCACCUGAGCCAGGCCCCUGUCAGCACCAUGAUUCUCUAAGCUGACUCUCAGUGGGAACACUGUAAAUACUGAGGCUUAGCAUUUAGGCAGCACUAUGCGAGCCAUAGGCGCCAGCAGCCCCUCCUCGUUUUGAGGUGUCCCUCAUUUUAAAAGAUGAAAAAUGCCGCAUGGCCUGUGCUCUCUGCUCUCAGAAUGGUCCAGCAGGGAGAGAGAGGGCUCUUGACCCUUGUUGCAUACCAGCCUGCCCCCCAGACAGGGAAGUGAAUCGAAAAGGGUGGCCUGAAGGGUGAGAGGGAGGCCUGGGGACGUUGAGACCCUCCAAGGGUAGGGGGGCUGGCAGGCCUGGAGACCCCCCAGGGGUAGGCCUCCUGAGAUGGAGAGCUGCAGUGGCAGUGGCCCCCGGUUGGGAGAGUCAGUGCCAUCUGCGGUUUACAAGUCUCCACCAUACAAAAGCAGGCUUCAGUAGCAGCAGCUGAGAACAACCUGGGCCUUUCUCAGAGCGUGACUCUCCCAGGGGCACUCAGACCCGGGCCUCACUGGGCCUCUGGCCUCACGGGUCCCUCAUGGGGGCACUUUGCCUACCUUCCCUGAGUCCCUAAGCUACUGCCUGCUGCAGCCUUUCCAGGGCUUCUGCAUGUUGGCAGCCCAUGUGCUCCCAGCUACUUCCAGAAAGGCAGAGGGCCUUGUGGGAGGUGUCCACGGGGACCUGGGAAGAUGCUAGGAGCCGGAGAGCAGAGGGGCACUUGGGAGAGGGAAAUGGGGUAGCAGGUCCACAGGAGGGCAUGAUGCUGCCCCAGGGUCAGUGGGAGGCCUGUCCUGGGAUAGAGCUGCUGGGUGCUGUCUUCACGCUUUGAUCUGGGAAGGCUGAUUUCACUGGAGCAGCUGUCUGCAGGCCCCUGGGUCUGGAGACAGAGGCCUGUCCCUUACAAGGACCCCUGGAAAUGUACUGACAUGUGCAGUUUCCCCACCAAGCUAUUCCUGGCUUUUGUGGAAUCUCCUCUCAGCACAAGUGUGAGGUGUAUGCAGCCACAAAAGGCCUGUGCAGCGGAUAGAUCUGUCUGCAGCACAAAGGGAACAUGGAAUUUAGCCCCGGGAGGUGUUUGCCUGGCCGGUGUGGGGGGCAGCUGUUCAGCUGCCUAGGGCUUAUUCUGAUCAUUGAUCUUUGGGGCAUCCUGAGAGUCCACCAUGCCACUUCACACCUCGGGUCCCAGAGACCAACCCUGAAUCCAGCAUGUGUCUGAGCCUGCAGCUGGAGCAGCCUUCCUCCCAGAUCCUGGAAGUGCUGGCAAUGCCCCAGUGCACUCCUCCCUGCCGGCCCUGGCACAGCCCAGUGCAGCCAGGAUUGACAGACUGUCCAAGGAGAAGCCCCUGGAAACCUAAACCAGCCUCAGGACAGUGUGGGGGGAGAGGGCCAUAAAUUGUCACUCACCAAACCACUAAAUGCCUCUGCAGCAUUCUUGGCAUGGCCUCGGCUGCAACCUGUCAGUAACACCCCCCAGAGGGACCCCUGCAGCUAAGUAAGCACCUAAGAAAUAACUCAUGCCAGAUGAGGCCAGAUGUGCUUCCAGGAGCACCGAAGGAGGGAAGCACUGGGUAUUUUGAGAAACUACUUUAGAGCCAAGUGGGGUUGGAGGUGAUUGGAAAAGGUGAACCUGAAAAAUGUAACUUAACGGAUCACAGAGCAGGUGUUGAAGGAGGGAUGGUGGGGUGUGGGGACCCCAUGGACAGCCCUCUAAAGCAUCCUGCGCAAGGGCUCUGCGCUGAGGUGACAGGGAGCAGAGGCAGCACAAGUGAGCACCUUGGGGCCCUGUCCUGUUGAACAGGGUUGAGGCCACUCUUCUGGCUUGAGCACAGUGACCAGGUUGCUGUAACUGCUCAAGUGUGGGCCCUGGCUCAAGACUCCAGUCAGCCAGAAACCCACAAAGAUCAAAGCACCAGCAAGUGCAGCUGUCAGGCCCGCAGGCCGAACCUGAGCCACGGCCCCACCCACACGCCCCAUUGUCAGUCCUAGACGGCAGUCAGCCUAGCCCCGCAGGGUCGGCCACCCUGGCGCCAGCAGGACACGCAGGCCGGCCCGGGCUCCUUUGCGCCCUGGGCACUUAACCCUCCCAAGCACUUACAAGCAGAUGGCCUUGGGGAUCCCAUGCCCCUCCCUGGUGAGGCCAUCCAGGUCUCCCGCAGAACCAGGCCGGCCCCUCACUCCCCAGCCGGCCAGCCAGCACCUCUUGGGUGCCUGUCUUCUUUUGGGGUUUGAUGUCUGGUUUUGUUGCUGCCUUGGGAAUUUUUCACCUUCUGAUUGUUCCUCUGGUGUCUUUUGUUUACCUUCCUCACUUUUCUACCUCCCGGCCAGGUCUCCCGGCUUAGCUGCCCUGGCGCGGGGUAUUUCUCGACACUUCCAGCUACGGCCGCCUCCCCACUGAGGUGGGCUGCCCCAGGGUGACGAGGGGGCCUCACUCUCGACCCGCAGACCCAGGGAAGCCCAGCUCACCUGCUCUGUCUCACUGAGUGGAACAUACUCAGUGAAGCAGAAGUGUGUGUGGGAAAAUCCGAGGUGAAUUUGCUUCAGAAAGGAUAGUCUCCAGGAGCACAUAGUGGGGGGCCCUUUCCCUGCCCGCCCGGGGAGCUGUCUCGGGGUACAUGCAGUGUCAAGACCUGCCCACAUCCAGACUCACCUUCCCACAGGGAUUUUGACUUUGGAUGACAAGGCUUUAUUUGUAAAUAUGCUCUUAAUAUGCAACUUUGAGAAUAAAAUAGAAACAUCAUGUAUUUUUAAAUAUAAAAUGAAGUGUGACGCACUGUAUACAAUUUAAUAUAUAUUUUUAGGAUUUUGUUAUUUAAGAAAAUGGAAUGUAAUGGUACUUUUACAAAAGAGAGGAAAAUGUUAU